CUCACCAUCCUCACACACCUCGCCGCGGCUCUGCCACACACACAGCGUGCACCGCCUUCCUCAUCCUCUCUGCCUCAGCUGCCGUCUCCUGCUGCGCCCGUCGUCGCACUAGCUGCCCGCGCGCGAUGGCUCCUCGCGCCGACGGCACGGCACACGAGCACGACGACGACGAGCAGGCCGUCGCCACGCCAGACCUCACGCGCCUCGACCCCGACGCCAUCCUCGCCGACGAUGCCGACCCCGAGGCGCUGCUCGGCGCCGAGAGCGACUCGGAAGCCGGCGGCCUCGAGUCGCGCCGCGCCAGCCGCGUGAGCGCCGCGCAGGCAGAGGGCGCUGCGGGCGAGCAGGAUGGCGACGCCGUUGCGGCGGCGGCUCGGGCGCUCCAGUCGCAGAGCGCACAGCCAGCGACGCCCGAGGCGGCCGGACGCAGCGGCGCAGCGGCACGCCUGGCGUCGCCGAUGUCCGAGACGCCGACGCAGCACAGCUUCCGCAUCCCCGACGCCUCGCCGCCGCAGACGCCCGACGCCGAGCUGGCGGCGCUGCGCCUGCAGGUCUCGGACCUCUCGGGGCAGGUGAUGAGCCUCAACAGCAAGCUCGUCUCGUCGUACGACAAGCGCUCGGAUCUCGAAGACGAGGUGAGCGAGGCACACUCGCGCAUCAUGGCCCACACGACGCGCAUCGCCGAGCUGGAGAAGGAGCGGCAGGAGCACCUGGCCGCCCUCAACACGGGCCUGCUCGUCGAGAAGGCGCACGUGAGCAGCGAGAUGCAGAAGAUGAUGGAGCGUGUCAUCGAGGAGACGGCGCAGCGUGGCCGCGCCGUGAGCGACAAGGAGAAGAUCGAGAGCGAGCUCGACGAGCUGAGUGCCAGUCUCUUCAGCGAGGCCAACGCUAUGGUUGCCAACGAGCGCCUGGCGCGGGCGCGCGCCGAGGAGAAGAGCCAGCAGAUGGAGGAGCGCCUGAAGGACACGGAGGGCAUCAUGCUCGAGCAGCAGAAGAUCCUCGGCAAUCUGCAGCGCGAGGUGGAGCAGCUGCGCCUCACCUCGUCGCACGACGAGCAGCAGGAAGAGGACGACGGCAAGCUGCACGUCUCUGCCCUCGUGCGCACGCCGUCGCAGCGCGCUCCCUCCAGCGGCUACUGGGAGCGGCGCGUCUCGGUCUCGCCGGGUCAGGACGAGUGGCAGCUCAACAUCGUGCCGUACCAAGAGCUGCGCUCCUUUCUCGAGCACCUGCGGCGUUUGCGCAAGGGCUUGGCGCCCUUCUACAACUACCCGCUGCACGAUCCGCCAUCGCUCGCGUCGCCGCGGAACGUCAGCGGCAUGCCCGCCAGCCCCGGUGCCCCUGUCGCACGCACAUCUUCGCCCGCGCCGCAUCUGCCCUCGCUGCCGCUGAGUUUUGGCGGUCUGGGCAGCGGCUCCGCGUCCUACAAUGCCUCGUCAUCCACCUCGCCGUUCGUCGCCGCGGGCGUCACGCGGCAUCGCGACUAUCCCAUGCUUCCGUCGAACGCCGAGCAGCUGGUCCACAUCCCCGGCCAGUCCUCGCUGCCGUUCAUCAAGCGCGCGCAGGAAGAAGACAGCGACCCGACACUGCGCUUCGACUUUGCGCCCGGCCUCAACUGGCUCUCGCGCCGGCAAGCCAACACGGCAGUGCUCGAGGGCUCGCUCGUGAUCGAGCCAGUCUUCCCUGGCGGCUCAUGUCCUGACGAAGAGGCGGUGCGGCGAGCCAAUGCGCAUCUCCCGCCAGCGGCGUGCUCCAUGUGCGGCAUCCCUGUCGUCAACGUGCCGCUGCCAGGCGGCGGGCACGCAGAAUCCAACACAGCCGCGGCGACGGCCGCGGGCUGGAUCAGCGCCGCCGGCACAGCCGCCCAGCAGCUGGGCGUCGCAGCGAAGAGCGAGAGCAGCAACAAGGACGGCACGUCGACGCCGAAGACGCGCACUGGCCUUUUCAGCACUCUGCGCAGCAUGGGCAGCAGCAGUCCUCGCCCAAGCGUGUCCAGCGCCACGAGCAGCACUGGCGCCGUGGGUGACUCUCCAGGAGGCCCGCAGUCCGAGGCAGAUGGCGAGACGCCAAGUGGCCAGCUGAUUCACGUGGACGGGCCGAGCGCGCCACUUGCUGUGCCCACGCACAUCUUCCGCAUCAGCGAGACAUCGACGGCACGCUACCUGCUGUGCCCGCACCACUGUCUCGCCCGCCUGCGCGCGGCGUGCGCAUUCUGGGGCUACCUGCGCUCCAUCGAGCGCGCCGUCGUGCUCGAAGGCAAGCUGGCUUGGGACGACCCGCCGCAGGUGGCAGCUGCACUGCCGCCACCGCCGCCGCCACGCUCGCCAAAGCCCGUGGAGGCACCGGCCGAGGAGACGGCUGCGAAGUCGGACUCGGCGUCCGCAGAUGCUGCGACUCUCAAGGAGCCUGAGAGCGCCGGCGACGCUGAGACCCCUCAAGCGAACACCGAGGGCGCAGAGGAAGCGGCAGAGUCACCAGAGCGCGCGUCGGGCACCGCCACGCCGAGCGGCACCAACGACGGCGACAGUUUCGUCGACGCCGACGAUGCGCCUGCGGAAGCGGCGCCCGACUCCGACGCCGCGGCGCCCUCCAACAGCACCGAAGAGGCUGCUGCCGGAAGUGGUGCACUGGAGGCUCCGUCGCAGCUCACUGCCUCUUCCUCGUCCGAUGCCGGCGGCUCGUCGCCCAAGCCUCCCGCACCGCCGCUGCCGAAGCGCAGCAACGCACGGCGCCCGGUGCCGCCGCCGCCCGCAGCGCGCAAGGACGAGGCAGGCCUCUCCGCUGCCGCUGCUCCCGCUACGCCUGGCAGUGCCACCGUGGCGCCGCGCCGCGUCACGCUGCCCGUCGCCGGCGGCGCCGAUCUGGUGUGGGAGGAGCGUGUGUGGCAGGAGGUGAUGCGCCUCAAGACGGAGAUGUGGCGCGCUCGCUCGGGCCUGAGCAGCGCAUGAGGCCGCGACGGACGGCCAAUCGACACGGCACCUAGAUAAGUAGAGAGGGGCGACUUGCUGCCUGCUCUUCUGCGCUCAAUACCAAUUCUGCUCGGCAAAUAGAGUGGGACUCUCUCUCGAUGUGCGCGUGGCGUGGGGCAGAGUGAGCAGCAGGC